AUGGAGAACUCCAAUUCCACCAGCUCCCCGUCGUCGUCUUCUCCUUCUUCUUCCUCUUCUUCGGCUUCAGUUCAGGAGGAGCCAGAGUACCUGGCGCGGUACAUCGUGAUCAAGCACUCUUGGCGCGGGAGGUACAAGCGGGUUCUUUGCCUCUCGAACGCCGCGAUUGUUACACUGGACCCCGGCUCGCUUACCGUGACGAAUUCUUACGAUGUGGCGACUGAUUUCGAAGGGGCGUCGCCGAUUGCUGGGCGGGAUGAGAAUUCGAGUGAGUUUAAUUUGAGUGUGAGGACGGAUGGGAAAGGGAAGUUCAAAGGGGUGAAGUUCUCUUCCAAGUAUAGAGCUAGUAUAUUGACGGAGCUGCAUAGACUGAGGUGGAAUAGGCUUGGUGCAGUUGCGGAGUUCCCGGUGUUGCAUUUGAGGAGACGGAAUGGAGAAUGGGUACCGUAUAAAAUGAAAAUUACUUACAUCGGGGUAGAAUUGAUUGAUUUGAGAUCUGGAGAUCUUCGCUGGUGCUUGGACUUCAGAGAUAUGAAUUCCCCUGCAAUUAUGCUCCUUACAGAUGCUUAUGGGAAGAAAAGUGAUCAUGGUGGUUUUGUUCUUUGCCCUUUGUAUGGAAGAAAAUCUAAAGCCUUCCAAGGUUCUUCGGGAACCACAAGCGCAGCAAUUAUCUCAAAUUUGACCAAGAUGGCUAAAUCAACAGUUGGGCUGUCACUGGUGGUUGACAGCUCUCAGUCACUGACUGUGAUGGAGUAUAUGAAGCGAAGAGAAAAAGAAGCAGUUGGAGCCGCAGAAACCCCAUGUGGUGAUUGGUCAGUAACCAGGUUGCGUUCUGCUGCUCAUGGAACUUUAAAUGUCCCUGGAUUGAAUUUGGGAGUUGGUCCUAAAGGUGGGCUUGGAGAGCAUGGUGAUGCUGUCUCCCGUCAACUAAUCCUGACUAGGGUUUCUCUUGUUGAAAGGCGCCCUGAAAACUAUGAAGCUGUUAUUGUUCGUCCUUUAUCCGCUGUAAAUUCACUUGUCCGAUUUGCGGAGGAGCCCCAAAUGUUUGCUAUCGAGUUCAACGAUGGGUGUCCAAUCCAUGUGUAUGCAAGCACAUCUCGAGACAAUUUACUGGCAGCUGUGCGGGACAUGUUGCAAAUAGAAGGUCAAUGCCCUGUCCCUAUUUUGCCAAGGCUCACAAUGCCUGGGCAUCGCGUUGAUCCCCCUUGUGGGCGAGUCCAUUUACUAAUAGGACCUCAGCGCCCUAUUGCGGAUUUGGAAAGUGCAUCUAUGCAUUUGAAACAUUUAGCAGCAGCUGCUAAAGAUGCUGUUGCCGAAGGCGGCUCACUUCCUGGCUCAAGAGCUAAACUGUGGCGUAGAAUUAGGGAGUUCAAUGCAUGUGUUCCAUAUACUGGAGUCCCUCCUAGUGUUGAAGUACCUGAGGUAACUUUAAUGGCACUGAUUACGAUGCUUCCAGCGGCUCCAAAUCUCCCCCCAGAGUCUCCUCCUUUGCCACCUCCUUCUCCUAAGGCCGCGGCGACAGUGAUGGGUUUUGUUGCGUGUUUACGUAGAUUGUUGGCUUCAAGGGCUGCAGCUUCUCACGUGAUGUCUUUUCCGGCUGCCGUUGGGAGAAUAAUGGGUUUACUCAGAAAUGGUUCUGAGGGUGUGGCAGCAGAAGCUGCUAGCCUUGUUGCUUCUCUUAUUGGAGGUGGUUCUGGGGAUCCAGGUUUUCUGGCAGACUCUAAGGUUGAGCAGAAUGCCACGACGAUGCACACCAAGUCUGUCUUGUUUUCUCAUAGUGGUUAUGUCACUAUCAUUGUUAACAGACUGAAACCCAUGUCCGUGUCACCUUUAUUGUCAAUGGCCAUUGUGGAAGUUCUUGAGGUUAUGAUAUGUGAACCUCAUGGUGAAACUACCCAAUACACAGUGUUUGUUGAAUUAUUACGGCAAGUCGCUGGGUUACGGCGGCGUUUAUUUGCACUCUUUGGACAUCCAGCUGAAAGUGUGAGGGAAACAGUUGCAGUGAUUAUGCGUACAAUUGCCGAGGAAGAUGCAAUUGCGGCAGAGUUCAUGCGUGAUGCUGCCCUGCGCGAUGGCGCUUUGCUGAGGCAUCUGUUACAUGCAUUUUAUCUUGCUGUUGGUGAAAGACGGGAAGUUAGUCGACAACUUGUGGCUCUGUGGGCUGAUUCAUAUCAACCCGCUCUUGAUUUAUUGUCUAGAACCUUACCUCCAGGGCUUGUUGCUUAUUUACACACUCGGACUGAAUCUUCAGAUACAAAUCAAGAGGAAUCGCUCAUCAGUAGGAGACAAAGACGUUUGCUUCAACAAAGAAAAUUCCGUAACGUAGGAGGUAUCACAUCUCAAGAGAAUCCCUCGACUUAUGGUAAUAACUAUGAGGCCGGUGAUCUAGGCAGACAAGCAAAAUCUAGUGCUUUUAGAGGGUCAGAUAACUAUCCAAAAUCUGGGAUAGAUUCAAAUUCUGGUCAUUCAUCUGCUGCCCACACGGUCGAAAAUUUAGCUGGUGAAGUUCCUCCCCAAAUGAGGACGACACAAAUUGAUAAUGCAUCCGGGAGUGAUCCAGCUUAUAUGCCAUCAACCAUUUCAAACGAGGCAUCAGAAGCAAAUGCUUCAAAUUCAGUGAACACCGAUUCACAAGAAUAUGGAUUCCAGACAGGUGUUCCAGCUCCUGCUCAGGUUGUUGUGGAGAGUACACCUGUGGGUUCUGGUCGGCUACUUUGUAAUUGGCAUGAAUUUUGGAAGGCUUUUAGCCUUGACCAUAAUCGUGCGGACUUAAUCUGGAAUGAACGCACAAGACAAGAGCUGAGGGAGGCAUUGAAAGAUGAGGUUCAUAAACUAGACAUUGAAAAGGAACGCUCAGAAGAUAUUGUUUCAGGAGCUGCUGCUGGAGAGGCAGAUACUGGACAAGAUAGUGUGCCCCAGAUAUCAUGGAAUUAUACCGAGUUCUCUGUUCGUUAUGCAAGCUUGUCAAAAGAAGUUUGCGUUGGUCAAUAUUAUCUGCGGCUGUUGCUUGACAGUAAUAGCAACGGGAGAGCACAAGAUUUUCCAUUGCGUGAUCCAGUAGCUUUCUUUAGAGCUCUCUACCAUCGGUUUCUAUGUGAUGCUGACACAGGGCUUACAGUUGAUGGUGCAGUUCCUGAUGAACUUGGUGCAUCUGAUGACUGGUGUGAUAUGGGUAGAUUGGAUGGUUUUGGGGGAGGCGGAGGUUCAUCAGUUAGAGAGCUUUGUGCUAGAGCGAUGGCUAUAGUCUACGAACAGCAUUGUAGUGUGAUUGGACCUUUUGAGGGCACUGCACAUACAACAGUUCUUUUAGAUCGGACAGAUGAUAGAUCACUGAGGCACCGGCUUCUCCUUCUGUUGAAGGUUUUAAUGAAAGAUUUAGCUAAUAUAGAGGCUUGCGUUCUGGUUGGAGGAUGUGUAUUGGCUGUUGAUCUUCUAACUGUGGCUCAUGAAGCUUCAGAAAGGACCGCUAUCCCUUUGCAAUCAAACUUAUUAGCUGCUACAGCUUUCAUGGAACCUCUUAAAGAAUGGAUGUACAUCGAUAAAGAUGGUGCAGAAGUCGGUCCUGUAGAAAAGGAUGCUAUUCGACGGCUCUGGUCUAAAAAAGCUAUUGACUGGACCACAAAAUGUUGGUCUUCUGGGAUGGCUGAGUGGAAGAGAUUACGCGAUAUUCGUGAACUUCGUUGGACCAUGGCUAUUCGUGUUCCUGUCCUCACAGCAUCUCAGGUAGGCGAUACUGCAUUAACUAUACUGCACAGCAUGGUGUCUGCGCAUUCGGAUUUAGAUGAUGCUGGAGAGAUUGUUACCCCGACCCCCAGGGUGAAACGUAUCUUGUCUAGUCCCCGUUGCCUUCCCCAUAUUGCACAGGCCAUGCUGUCUGGAGAACCUAGUAUAGUGGAGGCUGCUGCAGCAUUGUUGAAGGCUGUUGUUACAAGAAAUCCCAAGGCCCUGAUACGCCUUUACAGCACUGGUGCAUUCUAUUUUGCCCUAGCCUAUCCGGGAUCCAAUCUACAAUCUAUUGCGCAGUUGUUUGCUGUGACCCAUGUCCAUCAAGCAUUCCAUGGUGGUGAAGAAGCUGCAGUUUCUUCUUCAUUGCCUCUUGCCAAACGCAGCGUACUGGGAGGGCUUCUCCCGGAGUCUCUCUUGUAUGUGCUAGAGCGGAGCGGACCAUCUGCAUUUUCUGCAGCCAUGGUAUCUGAUUCUGAUACUCCAGAGAUUAUUUGGACACACAAAAUGCGAGCAGAAAAUCUUAUUCGUCAGGUCUUGCAGCAUCUUGGCGAUUAUCCCCAAAAGUUAUCGCAGCACUGCCAUACCUUAUAUGAUUAUGCUCCUAUGCCCCCUGUAACUUAUCCAGAGCUAAAAGAUGAAAUGUGGUGUCAUCGUUAUUAUCUGAGGAAUCUUUGUGAUGAAAUCCGCUUUCCAAAUUGGCCAAUAGUGGAGCAUGUGGAGUUCUUACAGUCGUUAUUAGUUAUGUGGCGUGAAGAGUUGACGAGGAGGCCUAUGGACCUUUCUGAAGAGGAAGCCUGCAGGAUAUUAGAGAUAUCCCUGGAAGAUGUAUCAAAUGAUAACAGUAGGAGGAGCUCUUUUGAUAUUUCUGUAGAGAGUAAUAAUAUAUCUAAGCAGAUUGAGAACAUUGAUGAAGAGAAACUCAAGAGGCAAUACAGGAAACUUGCAAUGAAGUAUCACCCUGACAAGAAUCCCCAGGGCAGGGAAAAGUUUCUUGCUGUACAGAAAGCUUAUGAACGCCUUCAGGCCACCAUGCAAGGCUUGCAAGGUCCUCAGCUUUGGAGAUUGUUGCUGCUAUUGAAAGGGCAAUGCAUUCUGUAUAGAAGAUAUGGAUACGUAUUGGAGCCUUUCAAAUAUGCUGGAUAUCCGAUGCUGCUUAAUGCAGUUACAGUGGACAAGGAUGAUAACAACUUUCUAUCUUCUGAUAGGGCACCUCUACUUGUUGCAGCUUCAGAGCUUAUUUGGCUGACAUGUGCAGCUUCCUCAUUGAAUGGUGAAGAGCUUGUACGAGAUGGGGGGAUCCAGCUGCUGGCAGUUCUUCUUUGUCGGUGCAUGAUGGUUGUUCAGCCAACUACUUCUGCAAAUGAACCGCCUGCUACAAUUGUUACAAAUGUCAUGCGAACCUUUUCUGCGUUGAGCCAGUUCGAGGGUGCUAGGACAGAGAUCCUUGAAUUUUUUGGACUUAUUGAGGACAUUGUCCACUGCACUGAACUUGAGCUAAUGCCUGAAGCUGUUGAUGCUGCUCUCCAGUCUAUUGCCAACCUGUCUGUAUCCUCAGACUUGCAGCGUGCAUUUUUGAAGGCUGGGGUGCUUUGGUAUCUUUUGCCUUUGUUGCUCCAGUAUGAUUCAACUGCUGAGGAAUCUGAUAACUCCGAAUCACAUGGUGUGGGUUCAAGCGUUCAAAUAGCUAAAAAUAUGCUUGCUAUUCGAGCAUCUCAGGCUUUGUCUAGGCUUAGUGGGUUGUGCAUUGAUGAGGAUCUAGCACCUUAUAAUGGUCCAGCUGUUGAUGCCCUCAGGGCGCUGAUGACUCCUAAACUUGCCACCAUGCUCAGAGAUCAAAUGCCAAAAGACUUAUUGUCCAAACUGAACUCUAACUUGGAAUCUCCAGAGAUAAUUUGGAAUUCUUCCACCCGAGGAGAAUUGCUGAAAUUUGUUGACCACCAACGUGCCAGUGCAGACCCUGAUGGUUCUUAUGACUUGAAAGAUUCACAUGCCUUUUCCUAUGAUGCACUCUCCAAAGAACUCUUUGUAGGCAAUGUUUACUUGAGGGUCUACAAUGAUCAGCCAGACUCGGAGAUCAGUGAGCCAGAAGUAUUCUGUGUUGCAUUAGUUGAUUUCAUAUCUGGUCUGGUGAACAGUCAAACUGGUAGUGUUUCUGAUGUUGAGAAGGAACAUAGUCCCAGCAGUUCCUCCCGGGAGGCAUCUGAGAUUCAAGACAACUUUGCAGAUGAAUCUUUGAAUGGGCAGCAUGUACCUGUUGAAUCGGCGCCAGCCCCCGUCUCAGACGAAAAAUCGACCGAUAAGGAAGAGACUACUCUGGUUAAGAAUCUUCGAUUUGCAUUGACAUCGCUUAAGAACCUUUUGAUUAGCAAUCCGAGCUUAGCAUCAAUAUUUUCCUCCAAGGAGAAGCUGCUACCUCUUUUUGAAUGUUUCUCUGUACCAAUAGCAUCAGAAAGCAACAUCCCUCAACUUUGCCUGGGUGUCCUUUCUCUUUUGACUGCAUAUGCUCCUUGCUUGGAAGCUAUGGUUGCUGAUGGAUUUAGUCUUCUCCUUUUACUACAAAUGCUUCACUCUUGUCCUGGCUGCCGUGAAGGGGUUCUUCAUGUUCUUUAUGCGUUGGCCAGCACUGCAGAGCUUGCUUGGGCUGCUGCCAAGCAUGGUGGAGUUGUGUACAUCCUUGAACUUCUUUUGCCUGUUCAAAAAGAUAUUCCGUUGCAGCAGAGAGCAGCAGCAGCUUCAUUACUGGGAAAGCUUGUUGGGCAGCCAAUGCAUGGUCCUAGAGUUGCUAUAACCCUGGCAAGGUUUCUACCAGAUGGCCUGGUAUCAAUUAUUAGGGAUGGACCUGGUGAGGCUGUUGUAUCUGCACUUGAACAGACAACAGAGACACCAGAACUUGUGUGGACACCAGCAAUGGCAGCAUCUUUGUCUGCCCAAGUUGCAACCAUGGCAUCAGACUUGUACCGGGAACAGAUGAAAGGUCGGGUAAUAGAUUGGGAUGUGCCUGAGCAAACCUCUGGAAACCAGGAAAUGAAAGAUGAACCACAGGUUGGUGGCAUCUAUGUCAGGUUAUUCUUGAAAGAUCCAAAGUUCCCACUACGAAAUCCAAAAAGAUUCCUAGAAGGGCUACUCGAUCAGUAUUUGUCAUCCAUUGCUGCAACACAUUAUGAGACACAAGCUGUUGAUCCGGAGCUUCCUUUGCUUCUCUCAGCGGCUUUAGUUUCACUGUUGCGAGUAUAUCCUGCACUUGCAGAUCACGUCGGUUACCUUGGAUAUGUGCCCAAGCUUGUUGCUGCAGUAGCUUAUGAGGGAAGACGAGAGACGAUGGCAUCUGAUGAGAUGAACAAUGGCAGCAGCUAUGCAGAAGACACUUCGAGUGAAUUUGAUGAGGGAUCAAGUCCACCUGCACAAACUCCUCAAGAACGAGUACGCCUGAGUUGUUUGCGUGUCUUGCAUCAGCUUGCUUCAAGUACGAUAUGUGCUGAAGCUAUGGCAGCAACUAGUGCAGGAUCACCACAGGUUGUUCCCCUUCUAAUGAAAGCUAUAGGGUGGCAAGGUGGAAGUAUACUAGCUCUUGAGACUCUGAAACGUGUAGUAGUUGCUGGUAAUCGUGCUCGGGAUGCACUGGUUGCCCAAGGACUCAAGGUUGGUCUUGUGGAAGUACUGCUUGGACUUCUUGACUGGAGAGCUGGGGGACGGAAUGGACUUCGGUCGCAGAUGAAGUGGAAUGAAUCUGAAGCAUCUAUCGGCACAGUGCUUGCAGUUGAGGUUUUGCAUGCAUUUGCAACUGAAGGAGCUCACUGUAGCAAAGUCCGAGAGUUGCUGGACUCCUCUGAUGUGUGGCGCGCGUACAAGGACCAGAAACACGAUCUCUUCUUACCAUCCAGUGCCCAAUCUGCUGCGGCAGGAGUUGCGGGUCUUAUUGAGAGUUCGUCGUCAAGACUAACGUAUGCCCUUCCAGCUCCGUCAGCAGGCUCCCAAGGGAGACCGCCAGCACCCAACAAUAAUCAGUUUUAG